GAGUAUUCCGGGACGGAGGGAGUACUCCGUAUAAUAGAGAUUGAUAUUUAGUUUGCUGGUUUGGCGCCAAAGGUUUCAGUCUCCCCCGCCACUUUUGCUGCCAUGGCAACCUUCCGUCCUCCUCAAUUUUCCGACGAUGUUGCUUGGCUUCCGGCGUGGCUUCAACCCAAUCAAUCGGCGGUUACACCGUCUCAAGGUUUGACGAGUGAGGAAAACUCCCGCCAUUCUCUUCAGGAUGUGGACAUCUUUAAAGGAGAGAACAGCCAGGUUAAAGAACCUUAUCUUUCAACACAUAGAGGGAGCAGAUACAACAUUUGCCAUUUGUAUUUAUCUGGAGAAGAAAGUUCGCCAGCUACCCUCACUCCAUCUUGUGACAAGCAGGUAUUGCAUUUAAAUCUGCAUCUUUCAUCAGACGGAACUUCGUCGAACAUUUCCAAUACACUCUUACAUAUUUCACUAGAUGACAAGCUUGAUUCUGCACUAGCUCUAGUUGGCACAAAAGAAAAGAGCCAGUGCAAUAUAGGUCAUGAUUCUUCUAAAAUGAAUAUUGUUCCUUCUCCUUCAAGUGAAAAAUACUCUGGAUAUUUUGCUAACCAAAUUCCAUUAACUAAUGAUGCUGGAAAGAACACUUUAGAGAUCUUUAACUCCAAUUGUGCUAAAGAUGAUGACAUUAGUGAUGCUGUGGAGCUCUCGAUUGCAGCAUCUGAAGCAUUAGUCAUACAUAAAAUAGUACAAAAUGAAUCAUUUUCGGCAGCUUUGUCCACUUCAGCAAUACUUGAAGUUGCUCUUCGAGUGAAACAAGCACGACUAGAUGAAUUAAAGGAUUCCUCAAAUUGCUUUGAGGAUUCUGAUAACACUGCUGACAUCCUUUCAGAUUUAGGGGACUCUGAUAUCGAGGAUGCAUGUAAAGAUGUUGGUCUGUAUAUCAGUAGCUUGGACAAUACCCCUCUUGAAGAUCUGUCAGCAUCUCGAGUUAAGGAGACUCCGUUGUCAGAAAUUCCUGGAGAGGAUACAGAGGUUCAAUGCAAAUGGCAGGGAGACCAGGAAAUAUAUUUCAAUAAUUGUUUAGUAACAGAGCUUCAGGAGAACAAUCCGGAAACAAAUAAAUUAAAGGACCCGCCAGCUGAAAUCUUUGACAACGAGAAGCUCGAGUUAGACAGAAACCUACCACUUGACUCGAUCUUAGUAAAUCAAUCACAGAAUGGGCAUUUAGAUGACCUGCAACUACUGCAGGAAGAAAAAAAUGACAUGACAUAUGUAGAGGGCUUCGCACAUCAAUUAGAAGUAAAUUCUCUUCCUCGGUCUCAACAUUUAAGUAAAGCGAGAUUAGACUCUAUACCUACAAAAUGGCAUUCACGUUAUGCAGACAUAAAUAAGUUGAACAACAGAUCAUCAUGCAGAUUCCAGAGUCGCUGGUUUGGUGGUUGGACAGGAAUGGAAAUAGAUGAUUGUGGUGAACUGAAAUCAAAGAGCAGAAAAACUAUCCCCAAUUUUUUUAUUGGUGAGACAAGUUAUCUUUCAGAAUCCAUCGAUGUUUUCCCUGAUCAGAACUCUGUUGUACAUAAUCAGCAUCUUAGCUCAAACACUACAGCCUCUGUAAAACCUUUUGAAGGUUCAUGCAAGUCAGCUAGUAAAGGGGCAUUUGUCAGUCAGGAAGUUGUUAAAGAUUCUGCAUCAUUUAUUGAUCCGUUAUGUUCAACGGUUCCCUGUAGCAUUUCUGCACAAAUCGGGGAUUCCCUUCUGCAAAUUAAUAACAAUGAUGACAAUCAAGUGCUUGAUGCUUUCAAAAGCUUCCCAACAGGUAUUGAAAUACCGUUGGAAACCGCCCAGACAAGUUCUGGCCACUAUGAUGAAAAUGUAAGUAAUGAGAAGCACAAUGGACUGGAUUUGGAUGAUGCUGGUCCUUAUCCUGUGGUUCGCCGGCAAUUGACGUCUCUCAAGACUUAUAGUACUGGACUGCCAGGAAAUUCUCCCUUUUCAUUCAAGAGAAACUUAAACUGUGAGUUUGUGAGCUGUGGAGAAAAUGAUGCCAGGGUGCUUUCUGACUCCACCGACUACACGAAUGAUAAGGAUACGACAAAGCAACCACCUGUCAAAUCCACGCCCAAUUGCGCUACAUCCAAAAGUAAUCAAGAAAAUCAAGAGGUGAAGUUGCUUUCACUGGAACAAUGCAUAAGCUGCACCAAAACCUCAGAUAAAGGAGGUCCUGAAAAACAACCACCUAUCAAAUCCAUAUUCAGUGGUGUUAGUGCAACAAAUGAUAAGGAAAUUCGUGUUGAAAAUGCAUGUGAAAGAGUGGUGCUAGAUCAGUUUGAAAGAAAUGGAGUGGAAUUGCAGGUAAAUGUUGAGGACAAUCCAACAUCUCCUCUUGUCCUAUGUCAUAGGAAACGAAGAUUUAAAGCUCCUAAAAUUAAUUUUAGUGAUGCCUCAGCAGCCAGUCUAUUGAAAGAUCAAGCUCCAGCUUCCGAUAAAACUUGUGACGAAGCCAGACAAAUUCCUAAAGAUCAAUUUAGAAAUAUUCCUAGAUCUGAGAUUUCAGCGAGAAAGCGAGUUCGUUUUUCAAAUGUUGACUUUGUACUUCAAAUCCCUCAAGGUCAAUUGAAAAAACAUCCCAGAAGAGUACUCACUUGUGAAAAUCGGUCAAGUUCCAGAUUGGGGUACAGGCCUGAAAAUUGUUACCAGGAGCAAGUUACUGCAUCUCAAGAAGUAAAAGAGCGUCUAACUAAAUGUCGCAUAAAGGGUAGGAAGAGAACAAUAUUCCAAGGCUUAGACUUUUUGCUGACUGGCUUUUCCAAGAAGAAAGAAAAAGAAAUCGAAGGGAUAGUGAGGAAACAUGGUGGAAUGGUCCUUUCUGAUAUUCCUGCCCCACCUCCUUAUCCAAGUAGAAGGAGGUCCUUGAGAUUUAAUGCCGAAAGGCUUCCCGUCGUCUUGUGCACAAAGAAGUUGCAAACAACAAGAUUUUUGUAUGGCUGUGCUGUCCAUGCCUUCUUGCUUAAAGUUGGUUGGGCAUAUGAUUCAAUUAGAGCUGGUUCUGUCUUGCCUCCUGACAAAUACGUUAUAUUAUCUAAUCAGAGUGAUAGGAUGCAGAACCAAAUCGGGAAAUCAAUUUAUCAAAAUGACAAUGACUACAUUUUUGACAAAGUUGGAAUUAUGCUGCAUGGGACGCAUAGUUUCUGCACCAAAUUGACUAAAGUUAUCAAGCAUGGACGGGGUCAUGUGUACAAAAGCCUGCAGUGGUUGGUUCAAAGUUUAGAGAAAAAGAAGAUUUCUGUUUGUGUUAUAGUUGCUGAGGAUGAGAAUCGUGCAACUCGUCACUUGAAGAAGUGUGCCUCUGAGCAGAAAAUAGCUGUAAUGCCGGCAAGAUGGAUCACAAACAGCUUAUUUGAAGGAAAGCUACUUCCUUUAACGGAUAAUUACCGUUCAUCUCAGCCACGGGCAAUCAGAGUUCCAGAAUUAGCCGCUGUACAGGAAUGGAGUCCAGAGAUAUGAUCCUUCGAUCCCAGCAUAGCAGGAAUUGUUUGAUUGAUUAUUUCCAAUAGUAGUCAGCGAGUAGAAUUCCCAUGCUUACAGAUCUUUAAAGUAUUUGUUUGCACAAAAUGUAAUUAAUUGUAAAUAUUACAUUUAUUGUUCAUAUGAGAAAUUGUAUUUUAGGUCUCAAUUGGGCUCAAAAGGAGAGUGUUGUAAAAUGAGUCUUCCAUGGGAUGAGUUAUACAAAAUGACAAUAAUUUUUCUUAAGUUAUUUUAAUGAUUUUAAUGAUGCUUUUAUGA